AUGGACGUGAUCCCAGGGAAGGUUGGAGAAGAGUCUCCUCGCUCUCCAAUCGGCUUCGACCACAUCAAAUUCAUCGUCGGCAACGCCAAGCAGGCGGCCUACUGGUACUGCGCCAAUUUCGGAUUCCGGCCAUUUGCAUACAAGGGCCUGGAGACGGGCAGCACUCGGGUAGCAGCGCAUGCGAUAAAGCAGGGAGAGAUCGUGCUCGUCUUCGAGUCCGCCAUUCGGCCAAACGAUCCAGAAUACGGGAAUUUCCUAUCAACGCACAGUGAUUCAGUUCGUGAUGUGGCUUUUGAGGUUGACGACGUUGAUGCUCUGGUCCGCCAAGCCAAAAUGAAAGGCACUACCGUAAUCCGGGACGUUACUGCGGAAUCGGAUGAUGAUGGCACGAUCAAGACGGCUGCUUUGAGAACUUUUGGAGAUGUGCUCCAUACGCUCGUCGAGCGGAAGAAUUAUCACGGUCUUUUUAUGCCCGGUUUCAAGGCGCAUCCGUGGGAUGGAGAGUUCUUCGAGAAGUUGCCGUCGACAGAUUUCCUCGUGGUCGACCACUUUGUCGGGGCCCAGCCGGAGAUGGAGAUGGCCACGGUGGCCGAGUGGUACGAGCGGAUUCUUCAAUUUCACAGAUUCUGGACCGACGGAGAUGCAGUGGUGGACACUGGAAAAUCAGCGCUGACCGCAAAAUACGAAGCUAAUGAAAACUCGACGAUCAAGGCUGUCAUUUCUGAAGGGGUGAACAUCGAAGGGAAAGGACUGUCACAGAUUCAGGAAUUUGUCGACUACAACGGCGGCGCAGGUGUUCAACACAUUGCCUUCACAACUGAGGACAUUGUCGGCUCCGUGCAGGCGUUAAAAGACAGAGGCGUCGAGUUGAUGGACGUACCUGAUAAAUACUACGAUUUGAUCAAGGAGCGACUGAGUGGCACUAAAAUUAAGAUCUCCGAAGACCUCCAGCGACUCCAGGACCUCAAAAUUUUCGUCGACUUUGACGAGGAGGGGUAUUUGCUGCAAAAAUUCACAAAGCCACUUGAUGACCGCCCGACGCUCUUUAUCGAGAUUAUUCAGAGGCACAACUACAAGGGCUUCGGCGCCGGCAAUUUCAAAGCAAUCUUCGAGGCCAUCGAGCUGCUCCAAGAAGAACGACAUACAUUG